GACACGCCCCUCCUCUGUGUAGGUUUCAUUAACAUUCCACAUACGUCACUCACUCAUUCACUGGCGCUGUGACUAGCUUGGAGCUGGCGCCACGCCCCCAUAGUGUUUCAUGUGGGUUUCCGUGUGGCUGUAUUCUCGCCCUCUGUCUGCGUGGCCCCACCCACUGUCACAGCGGUCUAGUAGUGGUGUGUGGUAUCCGAUGCUCGACCCGUCUUAAUAGUGACACUGGUCCGGUAUACUGUCACAGGGAUGCAGCGUAAGGUCGUGGUGGUCACCGGAGCCAACAGUGGUAUUGGCUUGGCGUUGUGUGAGAGACUUCUCUCUCAGGAUGACCAGACACGCUUAUGCUUGGCCUGCAGAAACCUGCAGAGGGCAGAGGUUGCUCGUUCAGCUCUUCUGUCUUCUCACCCGUCAUCUGAUGUCAGUAUUGUGCAAAUUGAUGUAGGCAACCUUAAAUCUGUGAUACGUGGGGCAAAGACACUGCUACAAAGAUAUGAGCGCAUAGACUAUUUGUAUCUGAAUGCCGGAAUAAUGCCAGAUCCACAAAUAAGCAUUAAAGCUUUUAUCAAGGGUCUUUUUUCAAGGAGAGCCAUCAGUAUGUUUGCAACAGGAGAAGGACUUCUGACCCAGAAGGACAGGCUAACAGAGGAUGGCUUGCAGGAAGUUUUCGAGACCAACGUGUUUGGCCAUUUUGUACUGAUUAAGGAUCUUGAACCUCUUUUGUGUCACAUGGAUAGUCCUUCUCAUCUUAUCUGGACAUCAUCUAGCAAUGCCAGAAGGUCUGCUUUCAGUCUCGUGGACUAUCAGCACCGCCAAGGCCAGGAAUCCUACAGUUCCUCCAAAUAUGCCACUGAUUUGCUGAGUGUCGCUUUAAAUAGGCAUUACAAUAAGGAGGGCAUGUAUUCCAGCGUGGUAUGUCCAGGACUUGUUAUGACAAAUCUUACGUAUGGGAUCUUGCCGUCCUUCUUCUGGAAACUAAUCAUGCCUAUUAUGUGGUUGAUCCGUGUGGUUACAAACUCUUUCACCAUUUCACCAUAUAAUGGAGCAGAGGCAUUGUUGUGGUUGUUCGGUCAAAGGCUGGAAUCUCUGAACCCACUGGCGAAAUAUCACAGCAGCACAUCAGGAUUAGGCAAUAAUUAUGUUAAACCCAUAAAGAUGGACGUUGAUGCGGAAAGCAGUGACUUGUUUUACGAAAAGUUGCUGGAACUAGAAAAACAGGUUAGAAAGAAAAUGAUCCCUGGAAAUUAGUAGAGACAUGGAAGAGCAAGGACUAUUUCCUCUUAAAUUAUCUGGAUUUUUGGGAAUGUAUUGUGUGGAUCUCAGGUUUUGUAAUCAUGUGUUUAACAUCUAGAAUAUAUACUAAUUAUGCCUAAUAAACAUUUAUCACAUCUUUGGAUCAUCCAAGUAAUGAUAUGCUAAUGAUCAAUAUUGAGGCUCAAAUUUCCAUCUAUUCUACACUAAAAGGGGGUACACACGGAGAGAUCCGUGUCUGGGCGAUAUUAGUGAAAGAUAUGAACGAUCUCGUUCAUUAAUGAAUGAGAUACCAUUCAUAUCUUUCAGUGUGGAGGCACCAGCGAUGAACAAUGCGCGGCCCCGCGCUCGUUCAUCGCUGGUGCCCCAUCGCUUGUGCAUGCAGGCCAAUAUGGACGAUCUCGUCCAUAUUUGCCUGCACUUCUAUGGAGCCGGGUGACGGGGGAGUGAAGAAACUUCACUCCCCUUGUCACUGCCGCCGGGUCCGCCGUAUCCGUCGUCGGGCAGCUCGACGGCAGAUCGACAAAUGUGUAGGGCCCAUAAGCAAUCUGACUAGAUUGCUUAGAUUUUAAGCACGGAUCUGCCGUGUGUAUGCCCCCCAGCGAUAGCGAUGCGCGGCCCCGUGCAUCGAUAUUGCCGGCGCUAGAUUGAGCGGGUCACUCACUUCACCACUGUGUGAAGUAAGCGGAUCCCCCCCCCACCCCCACCCCCUCGCUCAGCACACAUCGCGCUGUGCUGAGCGGGGGGAGAGAUGUGUGCUGUGUUAAGAUCGCUCAGCACACAUCUCCCCGGUCAGUACCCCCCUUUAGUGCUGCAACCGAUUUGUCCAUUAUUCAUAUUGCUGUAUUUGUUGUUUCGCUGUUGUAGGGGGAGAUUUAUCAAACUGUCUAAAGAAGACAAGUGGAAAUGUCACCCAUAGCAACCAAUCAUACAUCCUGUAAAAUACCAAGCAUUUCAUUCGUUGUAUGGGCAAUAUAUGCAUUGUCCUAUUAAAAGGUUUGCUAAAUGUCCCUCUUGAUGUGCAAACAGUUCCACUUACAGUUGUUCUGACAGUCAUCCCUAUACAUAACCUUGAGCUAUUUUACAUGCUUAUAUCAUUCAGAUUGUUUGCUAGAACAUUGCUGAACAUAAUUGUUAAUAAAUGUAAAAUUAAAAUGAAACAAGUAGAUGUUUAAGUAACAACCUAUAGUACACCAUGGAGAUCAACACAGAGGACCCGUGGACACUCGCUCAGGUUAGAGGAAAGGAGAUUCCGCACAAUACGGCGUAAAGGCUUUUUCGCGGUAAGGACAAUACGUGUUUGGAAUUCCCUGCCCGAGGGAGUUGUAAUGGCGGAAUCUGUCAACACCUUUAAGAAUGGGUUAGAUAAAUUCCUAAUGGAUAAGGAUAUCCAGGGGUAUGGUGCAUAGUCAUGCAUUAUAGUUACUAUAAAUAGGGAUAAAAUGCAACGGCUGACAGCCGCAUCAGUCAGAAAUUUUAGUCAAAUCAUCAUGCAUAGGACACCACAAAUAGGUUGAACUCGAUGGACAAUUGUCUUUUUUCAACCUCAGAUACUAUGUUACUAUGUUUAAGCCUGAAACAUCUUUACUGAUUCACAUUUGAACUAUCCAGUAUAAAGUAAUAAUGUGCAAUUUUCUAUGUAAUUGUAACACAAAUGACAUUGUUGGAAUAAAGCUACUGUAAAUGGUUGG